AUAAAUCUGCGAAAACGGCAGCGCGACCAGAAUUUGGCAGCUCCUUCGCUUCCCCUCCGAUCUGAUCUUCGAUCUUCCUCUUCGCGACCACAACUAACACUACCCAGUAACUCAACUCCGAUGGCGGAUACAAUUCCCUCUCAAACGCCGCCGAGAUCCGCCACGGACCUCUUCUCCGAGCCGCUAGAUGGCCACCCACUCUGGUUCAAGCCCAACCUCUUCCUCUCCCCUAACUUCGACUCCGAAUCCUACAUCUCUGAGCUCCGUACCUUUGUUCCCUUCGACAACCUUCGCUCCGAGCUUCAGAGCCACUUGGCUUCCCUCAACCACGAGCUCAUCGACUUAAUCAACCGCGACUACGCCGAUUUCGUCAACCUCAGCACCAAGCUUGUCGAUGUAGACGCCGCCGUGGUCCGGAUGCGGGCUCCGCUUUUGGAGCUCCGGGAAAAAAUCGAGGGGUUCAGGGGCAGCGUCGAAGGCUCUCUUGUUUCUCUCAGAAAUGGAUUGAAGCAGAGAUCCGAAGCUGCUGCCGCUCGAGAGGUCUUGGAACUGCUCUUGGACACCUUCCAUGUUGUUUCCAAGGUUGAGAAACUUAUAAAGGAGCUACCAAGCGUUCCUGCUGAUUUGUCCAAUGGAGAUGCUAAUCUGAUUGGGAAGAAUGCUUUGAGCAAUGGCAAUUAUGUGCCGCCAACUGAGAACGGGGCGAAUCUUAGAGAAACUCAAAGCAUGCUUCUGGAGAGAAUUGCUAGCGAGAUGAAUCGGCUGAAGUUCUAUAUUGCUCACGCACAGAAUCUUCCUUUCAUUGAUAACAUGGAGAAGAGGAUUCAAAGUGCAAGUCAGUUACUGGAUGCCAGUUUAGGACACUGUUUUGUGAAUGGGCUGGAAAAUCAUGAUGACAAUGCCAUUUACAAUUGUUUACGCGCAUAUGCUGCCAUUGACAACACCAAAAGUGCGGAAGAGAUUUUCCGCACCACAAUCGUAGCUCCUCUAAUGCAUAAAAUUAUUCCACAUGAACCUUCAGCUGGGGGUGCAGGGGUUUCAUCAGUUAUUCUUGAAACUGAUUAUCUGCAGAUCAAGCAAUGCAUCCAGAAAAACUGUAAAUUCCUCCUAGAUAUUGCUUCUGAAGGUAUAUCGUGCUUACCUUUUGUGAAACUAGUUGUUUGAGUUGCCUUAAAAAGACAGAAAACAGUUAUGAGGUAGCUUUGUCAUUUGAUGAUCCAUCUAGAUGCUUGCAUGUCAAACAUCAUCUAACUUUCCAUGAGAUUAUUGUUUGUCAUGUUCAUCCGUGUACUUGGUUAGGUGUAACUAGAAUAUGGGUUUUACUAAUUUUUUCUGUUGUUCCCUUGUUGUUACUUGGGGAUGGGUUGGCUAUCCAUAGAAAAUUCCGGGUUGCACGUUUUCAACUUCCUCUCCAACUCCAUUCUGAAAGAAGUCCUCUCCUCAAUUCAAAAGGGAAAGCCUGGUGCCUUCUCACCUGGUCGACCGUUGGAAUUCCUUAGAAAUUACAAAUCAAGCUUAGAUUUCUUGGCAUAUCUCGAAGGCUAUUGUCCAUCCAGAUCUGCUGUUACAAAAUUCAGAGCAGAACCAGUAUACGUAGAAUUCAUGAAGCUAUGGAACGUUGGAGUUUAUUUUUCCUUAAGAUUUCAGGAGAUAGCUGGUGGUCUAGAGACUGCUCUUGCAGCAACCAGCCUUGUCCCUGUGCAACAGAAGUUUUUGUCUGAUGAUAAUAUUUCCCCACCAUUAACAUUAAAACAGAGUGCUACUCUUCUAGAGAGCCUGAGAUCUUGCUGGAGAGAAGAUGUUCUUAUCAUUUCUUGCUCUGACAAAUUCCUUCGCUUAACCUUGCAGCUUCUGUCAAGAUAUUCGAAUUGGCUGUCAUCUGGACUUGCUGCUCGGGAAACUGGCAGUACAGGCUCAACGCCUGGAUGCGAAUGGGCAAUUUCAGCCGCUCUUGAUGAUUUCAUUUAUAUCAUUCACGACAUUAAGAAUCUUUCCGCAGAAGUCUGCGGGAACUACCUCGAGCAUGUAGUGGAACUUUUAUCCUCGUGUUCCUCGGACUUCAUUGACCUAAUAAGACAAAGCAUUCUUCAAGGUGGAAGGUCUCUGAAUGAUUUAUCACUACCAGUCAUGAAGGCUGUUAUAGACACCCUGAAGGACAAGGCUGAAGAGGACUUGAAACAAUUGAAGGGGAUAACUGCGACAUACAGGAUGACAAACAAGCCUCUUCCUGUGAGACAUUCGCCCUAUGUGUCUGGGCUAUUGCGUCCAGUAAAGGCUUUUCUGGAGGGGGAGCGUGCUACGACUUACCUGACCGAGGAAGUCAGGAAAGAGUUACUUCUCGGUACCGCAAUCGCAAUAACUGAUUGCUAUAGCAAAUUAGCUACUGAGCUCGUUAGUCUGGCAAGGAAAACGGAGUCUUCACUCCAGAAAAUUCGGCAGGGAGCCCAGCGUCGUGCUGGAACGAGCUCUGAUGUGUCGGACCACAGCAUAUCAGACACGGACAAAAUGUGCAUGCAAUUGUUCCUUGACAUCCAGGAAUAUGGACGAAACCUUGCUGCCCUUGGCGUUGAUGCAGCCAACAUCCCAUCAUAUCGCUCCUUGUGGCAAUGUGUUGCUCCCUCCGAUCGGCAAAACGUGAUUAGCUUGUGAUUCUUGCUUCGCCCUAACAAAGCAGCAGCUUCAGCUUGUAGAUGUAGUACUAGUAGUUUUCAAUACCUUCACCCUUUUUGUCCCAUACAUAUAUAUGUUUUUUGACAAGUACUAUUUUAUUAUUAUUAUUAUACAGCCCCUAUUGAUUGUACUUCUCUAUUACUAUUACUAUUUUAUUAUUAUUAUAUGUUAUAGUUCAAUUUGUUUAGCUCCA